CAAGAGACCAGACCCCAAUGUCCUUAUCUCAGGCCUCUGGCCCCUCAAGAGGGCAAUCAGAGAGGCAAUUUCUAUCGCCUGGGACUUGGAGGGGAUAGGAAUGAGGCAACUAGCUUCUUCCUUCUCCAAACUGGGGGCCUGGGAGCAGGUGGCUUAAGGAUCCCAAGAGAGAGUGGUUAAUGGGGCUGACUCAGGAGAUACGCCAGGGGAGGAAGGGAGGGAGGAGGGCCCCAGGUCUGCCUCUUCCUUGAGGUUCAACCAGACUCCAGCCUCCCCGGCUUUUUAUCGUUGGCUCCGUUUGGUUCAGCGGUUCAGUUCAAACACCCUGGGGCAAUUCAGACCUGGGUGGGGCUUAGGGGAGGAAGGGAGUUUGAGGGGGGCAAGACGUCAAAGAAGAAUCAGAGAUUCCACAAUUUCACAAAACUUUCGCAAACACUUUUUUUUUGGUCCCAACCCCCCUGCAUUGUCCUGGACAACAAAUUUGCAUAAAACUUGGGAAGCUAUUACUAAGCGUUAGUCGCAGCACCAGGUAAUUUCCUCCCAGGCCUCCAUGGGCUUAAGUAUAAAGGCCCCUGGAGCUGGUCCCUGACAGAACCCAGAACCUACAGACCCACCCAGACCCCUGGCUGAGCCUUCUGCCCAGAGCCCCAUGAAGCUGAUGGGUGAGUGUCUGGGUCCUGGGAGGGGAGAGCUGCGGCAGCGGGCAGGGGUGCCUGGGCUUCCAGAAAGGUCUGCACUUCUCCUGAGCCCCCGUCUGCUCCCAGCCCUGCAGCUGCUCCUCUGGCACUGCGCGCUCUGGACGGUGCACGAAGCCACCCCCCUGGGCCCUGCCCGCUCCCUGCCCCAGGGCUUCCUGCUCAAGUGCUUAGAGCAAGUGAGGAAAAUCCAGGCUGAUGGCGCCGAGCUGCAGGAGAGGCUGUGUGCCGCCCACAAGCUGUGCCACCCGGAGGAGCUGGUCCUGCUCGGGCACUCUCUGGGCAUCCCCCAGGCUCCCCUGAGCAGCUGCUCCAGCCAGUCCCUGCAGCUGACAAGUUGCCUGGACCAACUGCACAGCGGCCUCUUUCUCUACGAGGGCCUCCUGCAGGCCCUGGAGGGCAUCUCCCCAGAGCUGGCCCCCACCUUGGACACACUGCAGCUGGACGUCACCGACUUUGCCACCAACAUCUGGCUGCAGAUGGAGGACCUGGGGGUGGCCCCGGCUGUGCAGCCCACCCAGGGCACCAUGCCAACCUUCACCUCAGCUUUCCAGCGCCGAGCAGGAGGGGUCCUGGUUGCUUCCAAGCUGCAGAGUUUCCUGGAGUUGGCAUACCGUGUCCUGCGCUACCUUGCCGAGCCCUGAGCAGAGCUCUUCCCCUCUAGUGUAUUUAUCUCUAUAUUUAAUAUUUAUGCUUAUUUAAACCUAAUAUUUAAAGACAGGAAAGCACAGAAAGGGGCCCCAGGCUCCUGGGUCCUUCCUUCCACCUCCAUGUGGGGAACCCCCCCGUCUUCCGUACCGGGACUGGGAGGGAGUUGGUAAAUACCAAGUAUUACUUCUCGUGGCUGCUCCAGGCCUGGCUCUGCGGUGGACUCUGGGGAGAGCCGCAGUGAACCCCUACCCUGAGGGUGCCCACCUCGGGGCCCUUGGAAGCAUCAGGAAGUCUCCUAAGUGGGAGACGAGACAGCCCUGUUUAAUAUUUAAACAGCAGUGUUCCCCAACUGGGUCCUUGCCCCCUGGCUCCAGCCCUGCAUUCAGGCAUGAAGCCCAGCAGAGGCAGCUGGAGUGGGAUGCUUGACCCUGGGGUCCCACGAAUUCGCUGGGGAAACUUCUUCUUUUUAAGACAUUUUUCAGGCACAUUUUGACUCCUCAUGUGGGGAGCCCAGGCAUUAGUGACGCCUCUUGUUUUUCUGGAUGUGCUAUAGACGCCAUGAGGAUCAUGACCCUGCUCCACCCCACUGGGGUUGGGGUCAGGGUUCUGACUCUCUUCUGGGCUGGGCAGAUGGUCAUGUGUCUCUGCCUUGCUGGGUGAGACUGGGAACGCGGAAAAGAAAGAUGAGGGGGCUUGUGUGACGGGGUGUGAGAGGAACACUCAACUGUUCACUUUCCACCCCAGCCCCCACUUUCUCCCUGUAGCCAAACUUCAUGAUAAUAAAGUGUUUGUCUCCAGUAAA